UCGAAUCUGCGGGCGCGGCGGGCGCGGGGCGCUGGGCGCGGAGCGGCUCCGCCAUGGAGCAGGCCCCGGGGCAGGCCCCGGAGCCCCGCGGAGCCCAGGCCGAGGACGGGCGGCUCCGGGCCGGGGCCAAGCGCGUCACGUUCCCGUCGGACGAGGACAUCGUGUCCGGGGCCGUGGAGCCCAAGGACCCCUGGAGGCACGCCCAGAACGUGACGGUGGAGGAAAUCCUGAGUGCCUACAAGCAGGCCUGCCAGAAGCUCAACUGCAAGCAGAUCCCCAAGCUCCUGAAGCAGAUCCAGGAGUUCAAGGAGCUGGCUCCCAGGAUAGACUGCUUGGAUCUCAAAGGGGAGAAGCUGGAUUACAAGGCCUGCGAGGCGCUGGAGGAGAUCUUCAAGCGGGUCCAGUUCAAGAUCGUGGACCUGGAGCAGACGAGCCUGGAUGAGGACGGAGCCUCGGCGCUGUUUGACAUGAUCGAGUACUACGAGUCGGCCACGCACCUCAACAUCUCCUUCAACAAGCACAUCGGCACCCGCGGCUGGCAGGCGGCCGCGCACAUGAUGCGGAAGACCAACUGCCUGCAGUACCUGGAUGCCCGGAACACGCCGCUCCUGGACCACGCGGCCCCGUUCGUGGCGCGGGCGCUGCGCAUCAGCAGCAGCCUCGUGGUGCUGCACCUGGAGAACGCGUCCCUGUCCGGCCGCCCGCUGCUGCUGCUGGCCACGGCGCUGAAGAUGAACAUGAACCUCCGGGAGCUCUACCUGGCCGACAACAAGCUCAACGGGCUGCAGGACUCGGCCCAGCUGGGCAACCUGCUCAAGUUCAACUGCUCCAUCCACAUCCUGGACCUGCGCAACAACCACAUCCUGGACUCGGGCCUGGCCUACAUCUGCGAGGGGCUGAAGGAGCAGCGGAAGGGCUUGCUCACCCUGGUGCUGUGGAACAACCAGCUGACCCACGCCGGCAUGGCCUACCUGGGAAUGACGCUGCCUCACACGCAGAGCUUGGAGACCCUCAACCUGGGCCACAAUCCCAUCGGGAACGAAGGCGUCCGCAACCUAAAGAACGGGCUCAUCGGGAACCGCUCCGUGCUCCGCCUCGGCCUGGCCUCCACCAAGCUCACGUGUGAAGGAGCCGUGGCCGUGGCCGAGUUCAUCGCCGAGAGCCCCCGGCUGCUCCGCCUGGACCUGCGGGAGAACGACGUCAAGACCGGGGGCCUCAUGGCCCUGUCCCUGGCCCUCAAGGUCAACCACUCCCUGCUGCGCCUCGACCUGGACCGCGAGCCCAAGAAGGAGGCGGUGAAGAGCUUCAUUGAGACGCAGAAGGCUCUGCUGGGAGAGAUCCAGAACGGCUGCAAGCGCAACUUCAUCCUGGCCAAGGAGAAGGAGGAGCAGGAGCAGAAGCUGCAGCAAUCGGCUUCCAUGGCCGAGAUCGCCCCGGCCGAGGCUCUGGAAGCGGCUCCGGCCGAGCCCAUCCCGGAUGGAAGCCCCGGAUCCGCGCGGGAUGAGGGGCAGGAAGCGAUGGCGGCCGAGAACGGGGACACGGAGCCGGCGGAGGGGGAUGAGGGGACGGACUCGGACACGGCCACGGAUGAGGAUGAGGAUGAGGCCGCUGCUCCCUCGGGGAGGAAGGAGCUCCCUGACCCCACCGGCGGUGUCCUCGUGUCGCCAGCCCCGAGCAUCCCUGGGGAUGCUCCCUCCGGCCCCGGGAACGCCGCGGCUCCCGCUCCAUCCCAUGGAGCCGAGAGGAGGAUUUCGGUGUCGAGCCCAGGCCGGGGCCACAAGGUCUUUGUGGUGACGCGCGUGGAGCCGGGCCCGGAGCGGGAUGAGGACGCUGAUCCCAGCGGGAAUACCGAGCCCCAGCCCUGCUCCAAUGGAGCCGUCGCCGAGGCUCCCGCUGGAGCCGAGGCGCUUCCCAACGGGCUGAAGGUGGAUUUUGCACGGGCGCUUCCGGAGGCGGCCUCGGAAAACGAUGGGAAACUGGGAAGUUGGGGAGCAGAGCACGAGUUGAGCUGCUCCAAGAACGCGCAGGAGGAGCUGGAGGAGCUGCUCCUCGAGGCCAGCCAGGACACGGGGCAGGAGCUGCCCUGAGCACCCGUCCGUGGGACGGAGGCUCCGGGAUGGUUUUCUCCUCUUCCCCAUGGAGAAUCCAAGGCUGGGCUCCAGGACAAAGGGGUUCUUCCAAACCAAACUCCUGUUUCCCCAGCCCAUUCCCAGCCCUCGGCCUCUUCCCCGCGUUCCCGAGCGGAAAGGCAGGACGGCAAAGAGGGAAAAGCCCCCGGAUGGGUUCAUCCCCAUGGACACUACAAGGCACCUUCGCCUCCCUUUUCCCCUCUUUCUCUAUGGAGGAGAUUCCCACACUACAGGGACCGAGGUGGCGGAAUUCCCGCAGGAUUCCCGGGCCAGGCCGUGGCAUUCCCAGCCACUCUGCUUAUUUAUUUGGAAUUCCUUCUUUUCCUUUAGUUUUCGGGCUCUAUUUAUCAUCAGCUGCACCGUUCCUGCCUGGGGAUGCUCUUAGAAUCCAGCAACUCCUUCCAUCUCAAUUCCUGCCUUUGGGAAUACCGGGAAAACAACCCCUACACCCCCCCACCAAGCAGCAUUGGUGGAGGUCCCCCCCCCCCAUCCCCCUCGCAGCCAAAGUGGGGAACCCCUCUUUUUGAGUGGGAAUCAGGAUCCAAAGCGGGGCUGCUUCCAGGUUGGGAUUCCCAGCGUUGGGAAUGCCGUUCCCAAGGGCCGGGCUGGAUUUCUCAGGGAGGGGGACGAGGACUCGGCGCUUUGUCUUUCUUAAGUGCAAUAAAUCUAUCAGGGAGCCGG